CUCUGGCGGCCGUUUCUAUUUUCUCUCUGGUUUGUCGUCGGGUCGCCUGCAAGGAAGGGGUCUUUGUUUGCGUUUCACGUUCGCGACGCACGGUAUCAUCUGCGACCGCGACUCCAUCCUAUCGCUGCCGAGACGGAAUGUGCCCGCAUAAGUGGAAGCGUGGGUCUCGCUCCUCCCGGUCGAUGUGAAAUGUCGUGUAGUGUGCCAGAGUGGCGCCGUCGUCGAGUGCAAGUGCAGUGAGGUGCAGUGGUGUGUGCGAAAGAGCGUGGGUCGGUACGGCCACGGCGACCGAAGUGCGUGGAGGUGGCGGCGGCCGCACGGCCAUGACCGGAGAUAUGCCUCUAGGGAGCGCGCACGCGUUCGGGCGCGCCUUGCUCCGGGACGGGGCGCUGCCACCGCUGGAGCCGGGCCCGCCCGCGCCGCCGGCCAGCAACGCGCAGCCGCCCGACAAGAGGCCGCCAGCCGCCGCCGCCAGCCCCGAACAGGUCAUGAAGCUAUACAUGAACAAACUCACCCCUUACGAGCACCGCGAGAUAUUCGACUACCCCCAAGUGUACUUCAUAGGCGCGAACGCUAAGAAACGGCCCGGGCUCGUGGGCUUCCCGAACAAUUGCGAGUACGACAACGAGCAGGGUUCAUACAUACACAUACCGCACGACCACAUAGCUUAUAGAUACGAGGUGCUCAAAGUUAUCGGCAAGGGCAGCUUCGGACAAGUGGUGAAAGCGUACGACCACAAAAAACGUGAGAAUGUUGCUCUCAAAAUGGUGAGGAAUGAGAAGCGUUUCCACCGCCAGGCGCAGGAGGAGAUCCGUAUACUGGAGCAUCUCCGCGAGCAGGAUAAAGAUAAUACGAUGAACGUAAUACACAUGUUCGAUUCUUUUACGUUCAGAAAUCAUACGUGCAUCACUUUCGAGCUGUUGUCGAUAAAUUUGUAUGAGCUGAUAAAGAAGAACAAGUUCCAAGGGUUCUCACUGCAGCUGGUCCGCAAGUUCUCGCACAGUCUGCUGCAGUGUCUCCACGCCUUGAACAAGAACAGGAUCAUUCACUGCGACAUGAAGCCGGAGAAUGUGUUGCUGAAGCAACAGGGACGUUCCGGAAUCAAGGUGAUAGACUUCGGCAGUUCGUGCUACGAGCACCAGAGGGUGUACACGUACAUCCAGUCGCGGUUCUACCGGGCGCCCGAGGUGAUGAUGGGCGCGCGGUACGGCAUGCCCAUCGACAUGUGGAGCUUAGGCUGUAUCCUGGCGGAACUGCUCACAGGUUUCCCGUUGCUCCCCGGCGAAGACGAGGCGGAUCAGAUGGCGUGCAUCAUAGAACUGCUGGGGAUGCCACCGCAGAAGCUCACAGAACAGGGAAAGAGAUCCAAAAACUUCAUUAGCAGUAAGGGUCUGCCGCGAUACUGCACGGCGACCACGCUGGCUGAUGGCAACACGGUGCUUAGUGGAGGCAUGUCGCGGAGAGGCAAGCCCCGCGGCCCGCCUGGCUCCAAGAGUUUUGUUACGGCCCUCAAAGGGUGUCAAGAUAAAUUCUUCAUUGACUUUAUUAGAAGGUGCCUAGAAUGGGAUCCCGACAAGCGGUUAACGCCUGCGCAAGCGCUGCGGCACUCGUGGCUGCGGCGCCGGUUGCCGCGGCCGCCGCACGACGAGGAGCCGCACGCGGCCACCCAACAUGUCAGCCAACACGUCGGCCAACUUGUCAGCCAACUGGCGCAGCCCUCGCACCCGGGCAGCACGUGCGCGCGCGGCGGGUCGCUGCGCACGCCGCUGGCGCGCACGCCCGUCACCUUCACCGCACAACAAGCCAAAGCGAAGCUGCAAGCGGCGCUGUCGGAAGAGGGCGGGCGCUACUGGGCCAGCAAGCUGCCGCACCUGCCCUCCUAGCGCCCGCCCAUCGCUCACACUGCUAAGGUGUCGUCGCUGGAGGCGCAGCGGCGGUCGCUGGACCUGGAGCGGGAGCUGCGCGCCGGCCGCCACUCCGACGGCAGCCUCGACGACCGCGACCAGCGACUGUGAGCCUCUCUCUCUCACUCUCACUCGCACUCUCACUCGCACCCUCCCACGCUGAGGAUACCUCAUCUCCUCAUGCUCUCUGAGACCACCGUGGAAUGCAGUCUUAUCUUACUGCCUGACGAUGACUCAAAAGAAUAUCGUAUCUGGUGCUUUCACUGCCUUUGGUGGAAACCAAUAAAGAAAUUAUACUAAAGGGUAGACCAAGAGCAUGACCGUGAAGAGCGCAGACCAGUCUUCCAAAAAACCAGAAGACCAAGAACUGCAGCCUAAGAAUAUCAAUCUUUAUUAUACAACCUGGACAUGGAUAACGAAUUUGUCAUCAAAGCAUCAAUUCAACGGAUUACUGGUGUCCACGGACUGCGGUGUUUGCUUACCAUCAAACAACCCGCAAACUGUACAUUAUCUGUAAAAAAUACCUCAGUGAAGUAUAUAGGGAGAGCAAUCAUGACGAUAUAUUGGAGGUCUCAGAAUGUGGUCUGUGAAUAUCUAAUAGGCUGAAGAUAUCUCCAAGAAGAAUAGAAACGAGGAUCUCUGAGGAUCGAUCUGAUCGGAGAAGCAUCUAAAGUGAAAAGGCUGAUGUUCGUUGUUACUCCAAUUUGCGUGGUUAUAAGGUCUACAUGUGGUGCCAGUGAAGUCUAAUACAUAGUGUGUGUCAGUGAAGCUGAUUGGUGCGUCGAACAGUGAUGUGUGGUGCGUGUGACGUGAAAAAACAACGAUCAAUACAACACAACGUGAAAUUCAUUUGAUAUAACGAUUCAAAAUUGUUAAAUCUUCCAUUAAUUGAGUUACACGCGAUUUUCUUUGUAUAUAAACGUUUAGUCACUUCCAAAGUUUACAGUGUAUAAAAUUGCAAUUUCGCGUUGUGUGUAUGAAUUGUUAAUCGGACAGCCGCAAGUGACCCGCGUCCCGCCCCGGCCCGCCGCGUCCCGCGACAAUAUUAACCUCAUUCAGCGAUAUUGUCGUAUUGUCUUAAGUAAAUUUGCUAUAUUUUAUGUAAAUACAAUGAAGUGAUAAUAAAAAAAACACUAAUUCAAUUUAUUUAGAAACAAGGAAUAACUAAAUGCAUGGAAAAAUUUAAUUAGUAAAUAGUUUUGUCAAUGUUUUUGUAUAGAAAAUGGCAAGUUAAUUAAGAUAAUAGACGAUCGUGUCGCUGCCACAGUGUAUUAAGAUAAUAGACGAUCGUGUCGCUGCCACAGUGUAUUAAGGGCCUUUUUAUCUAAUUGUUGCAUGUAAUAUUCUACGAUAGUUUUCUCACAAAGCAAUAAAUGUGCAUUGUAUUCCUACACAAUUUACCAUAGUAGAUAUGUUUUACUACAGAUAUAUUAGUUUUAGGUCAUUUUAGGUACUUUUUAUUGUCAUAAUUUGACAGUGCUUAAAGUACAAUCCCUUAUACAGGAGUGCUCCGAAUCACACUUUACAAAUGUUAACUUGCAACACUCAGAUAUGAAGGUCAUCCGCAUAUAAAAGUGCCACGGAUAAUCUCUCGCACGUCAUUUUCCAUGAAAACUGUGCGAGAGACUAUCCGCCAUUUUGUCCAGCGAUUCCCUUGACGUGGCGCCAUCUAUCUACCGACCAUGUAACCAACGCCGCAUCAACGGAACCCGCAAUAUAUAUAUGUUCCUAGCGAGACGCGGCCGCGGGGCCACACUAGUGCAUAGAGGCAAAAUUGAUCUCAAUAAAUAAAGACUAUAAAUAAGUAUAACGGACUCUAGUGGAAUUGUGCGAGAAUCAUUAACGUGUUUUACUGUUUUCUAUGUAUUAUACAUAUAACGUAACGUAAGGACGUAAGAGUCGGGUGUGUUGGUGUUAGUGCCUACUAAGUCUGGUUACAUUUAGGGACCUCGACCACUGUUAACAAACUCUUUGAUCAUUUUACCGAACGACGUUCGCUUCGGAGAGCUGGAUUUUUAAGCACGCGCUUAUUUUACUAAGCGUACUAAAUUCGUAGAAUCUUGCAACGAUGUGAAAGAACAAGAUUUUAACUGAAUUUUUAUGUCAUGCCAAAUGGGAGACGAUCUUGUGGACACUGUUAGCUGUGAAAUUGAUAUUUACCGGAUAGUGUUAGUGUAUAUUAGUGUUGCCAAUGAUCCGCGAGGCGACCGUCUCCAGAGCGAAUGUUACAUGCUGAAAUUCCCUCUCGAAGCCGUAGAAUAAGCGAUACUAUUAUUGUGUGUGACUAAAUAACAAUUUUUUACAAAUCAAAUGUCUUAAUUAAUUUUACAAUCGGUUAAGUUGUACCUCGUGUUAUUUUCUCAAGUGAUAUAGACGGUGUAUUUGUAACAAAAUGGUGACCUUAUAAUCGGAAUUAUUAAAAGGAUGUAAGGGUAGUUAGUUACAAGGCCUUCGCUAAUUAUAAGCUAAGCUAUGCUAUCAUUUUCUGAUUAUAGCAUGGUUAAUGUUGUGAUGCGUUGUAUAAUUUAAUACUAUAUAAUUUAUACAUGCGCUUACAUAGAAGGGGGGUAUGUGAUUGCCCUUUGCCAUAUAAUAUGGAGAGUUACAUAUAUUUCGCGUAUUAGGUAUUAUAUUUUUUUGUGAGCAUUUUACUACUUAUCCUGCUGAAUUGUUGAAUUUGUUACGAGAAAUUGAACAUAUCUGGGCAUUUUUGAAAUGCUUUUUAUGGAGCACCACAGUACUAAUAUUUUGUAUUUAAUUUCGAUAUUUUUUAUUUACAUACAUAAAAAUAUAGUACAGGUCGUAUUUGGUUUUAAAUACGCUUCAAGAAUACCGUAUUAGUGCAAUACGUUUGAGAUGUUGUGACUGAGAAGCGUUAGCUUUUAUAUAAAAUACUUACACUGCGGCCACAUAAUGAGUUAAUGAUGAACAUAUCAUGAAGCUACAUAUAGAACAGAAGCCAGCGCCUCUAAGAACUUUUUGAUGCAUGUUACAUAUAUUGCUGUCUCUUUCAUCCGAUACCCGACCACUAUUAUAUAUUGCGAGGUAUAUACCUCGCAAUAUAUAAUGUGGUCGGGUUUAAGUUUAACAUGCAGCGACCUCUCCGCAAGAAAGAGAGCUUGGCAUCAGAUGAAAGAGAUAUUGUUCAAGUAGUUCUUACAGUGGCAACUUCAUGUGGCAUGGUAUAAUAUAUUUGUCCUCAAUGGUGCCAGUUUACGCUCGCAAUUUUAAUAAUGUGAGAUAGAGAAAUCCAAAUUACGAGUGGAUAAGUAGCUUUAGUAUCAUGAUAAAUAAUUUGACAGCAUUGUCAGUAUAGUAACGCUUGUCAGCCACGGUAUGUACCUUGGUCACUUGUUUUGUCUUCCUGUUUUUAAAGGCCUAUGAUGUAUGUAUAUUAUACUAAAAGCAUUUUUUUUAUUUUUAGUUUGUAGUGAUAUUUUUUCGAUAUACAUAGCUUUUAUGUAUCAAUUAUAGGAAUGAUGCACUUUUUGAUUGCAGUUUUCUGAGUCGGUGAUUUGCUAACUUCAAACUCCCAGGAGACCGGACAUUUUAUAAUUUGUUGACAUUAAAAUGUGUAAAUUUCGUAGUUCGGUAUUGAAUAGCCAAUGGAACAAAAUUUGUAUUUAUAUGUAUAACUGAGCGCACAAUCGGAUUUAGUGAUGUGAUUUACUCAUUAAUUAUAGAAUUCGAAUUUUUAUUAAGGACGUGACGUGUGUGUAAAUCAUUGAAAUUUAUUAAUCAUUAAUAUCCAUUACUUUUUUUUUAAUAAAAAAAAGCCUCCUGGGAGUUUCUUGUGUGCUCGCUCGCAAGUAAUUUUAUUAUUUGACCGUAUCUCACUAUACUCAAAUUAGCAUUUUUAUUUCGAUUAUUGUAUUAAGUUGACUGCCUUUGUGUAUUAUUACGCUCAAUAGAUAUAGUAGGCCGGAACCAUGGAGCUGUAGGCAAUAUUGGAGCCCUCAAUGCGAAGAAGCCCUUUUUGACGCGAAUUAUAUAUAUUGCUAUCACUUUCAUGCCAUCUCUUUCUUGAGCGUUGAAAGGUAUUUACCUGUAUAUAAAUCUCACAAUACAUAAGAAAGAGUGGUCGGGCCACGGAUAAAAAAGAUAGCAAUAUAUGUACCUUGCAUCAAAAAGUUCUUAGCAAUGCGGUACAUAUAGCUUCAUGGUUGGGACUCGCCGCGGUACUGGACCUGCAGGGUGAUGUAAAGUUGAUUAAUAAAUGGUUGAUCACGUGAUGUCACGCUGAACAACCUAAUGGCCGAUCAACUUUUUGUAAUCAACGAUCGCGUCCGCGGUGACCCCACGGCAUUUCUCUUAGGUACUGACAAAUGCGAUGACAUUAGUUUGUUAUGUUUCGGGAGCGAUUCGGAUUCAUCGAAUUGUUGAAAGAAAAUUAAAAUUUCUUAUUCAAAAAUUCGCUGCAUGCAACGCAACCCUAAUAGCAAUUUAAGAUAUUUAGUCAAUUAUUGUAUAGCUUUUUUUAAUUUUACAUUGGGCUGAGACAAGUCAAUUCGUCAGCCUUCGAACUUCAUAUUGUGAUAGCUUAUGAUCCCACUUCUGAUAAAAUGGACUUCCCACAUAAGCUAUCCACUUGGCACCAAACAGUAUUACCCAUUUUUUCGUUUGGGCGUAGAGUUUUUCUUUCGGAAAUAUCUAAGUUUCUAAAUGAGUUUUCCUUUCGGAAAUAUCUAAUUUUCUAAAUAUCUUUACGAUAGUUAGGAUUCUGGCAGACUAGUGAUGGUGUUAUUAGAAAUUGCCGCUCAAUUAUUAUAUUUCUGACGUAAAUAUUUUUUUUUGUUAUCAUUUUUCUCAAGACUAUUUCCCAAGGAAAUAUUCUAUGUCUAAACCAUUUUUUCGUCACCAACUCUCGCAAAACUGCUAAGUAGUACAUUAGUUGAAUUAAGUCUUGUUUGCUACUACAGGCCGUAUAGCAAAGCUCUAGAUAUUAUAGCUUUGGUUGGACCGCUGCAUUUCUCUUGAACCUAGUUUUGUGAAUUAUUGUGUUCUCAUUUUAUAUGUAAAGCUGGUGUUUCACGUCUUGAAACUCGUAGCGACAAUGUGAAAACUAUACAAUUUAAAUAAAUGAAUUAUAUAAAUA